CUGGUCUUCCUCCUCACCUCACCUCCUCCUCGAGACUCACACUCAACACUUGACUCAACAACAACAACACCUCAUUCAGAGUCACAACUCAUAUUAAGACUUUCACAACAAACAUCUCCUGAAGAUGAAGGUCACAAAACAUCUUAUAUUUAUCGCCUCGCUAGUUGCGUCAUCCUGGGCGGUCAACCUAAAUUAUUUAACUCCAACGAACGGCUUCAACGGUGGCAACGGUAAUGGUAACGGUAAUGGAGGUUAUAAUAAUGGAAUUAAUGGAAAUGGCAACGGUGUGAUUCUAAACGGCAACGGAAAUGGGUUAGUCAAUGGAAAUGGUAACGGAUACGCCAAUGGUUUAAAUGGAAAUGGUGUGAUUGUAAACGGUAAUGGAAAUGGUAAUGGAUAUGUAAAUGGCGGAAAUGGUAACGGAGUAUAUACAAACGGCAAUGGAAACGGAGUAAUCAACGGAAAUGGUAACGGAUACGCCAAUGGUGGUUAUGGCAACGGUAAUGGACUUAUUGUCAACGGCAACAGUGUUGUUAACGGAAACGGAUAUGCCAAUGGUAAUGGUUUUGUCAACGGAAACGGUGGUGUUAACGGGAACGGAUAUACCAAUGGAAACGGUAAUGGAUUUGUCAACGGCAAUGGUGCUGUUAAUGGGAACGGAUAUGCCAAUGGAAAUGGUAAUGGUUUAGUCAAUGGCAACGGCGCUGUUAACGGGAACGGAUACUACAACGGCAUCGUGGACCCCAUCAGCGCCCUUGCUGAUGCUAUUGGAGGUGGCGGCGUCCCCGGCGUGGACUAUCCCAUCCUGGCUUCUGUCCCCUUCACUGGAUUCUCCUGCGGCGGACUAAUACCCGGAUACUACGCUGAUACUGCCCCCGAGGCCGGCUGUCAGGUGUUUCACAUCUGUCAGGCAGAUGGCAGGAGCGACUCCUUCCUGUGUCCCAACGGCACCAUCUUCAACCAACAGUUCUUCGUGUGUGACUGGUGGUACAACUUUGACUGUUCCACCGCCCCGCAGUUCUACAGUCUCAACGCUCAGAUCGGAGUGGUCAACGGUAAUGGCAACGGAUACUCCAACGGCAUCGUCAAUGGCAUUAUUAACGGUAACGGGAUUUACGGUAACGGAGCAAAUGGCAAUGGUGCAGUAAACGGAAAUGGUGUCGUCAACGGUAAUGGAAACGGAUACGCUAAUGGCAAUGGUUAUGCUAAUGGCAACGGUAAUGGCAAUGGAUACGUCAAUGGUGGCGUAAAUGGAAAUGGACUCAUCAAUGGCAAUGGCAACGGUUAUGCUAAUGGCAACGGUAAUGGUAACGGAUACGUCAAUGGUGCAGUAAAUGGAAAUGGUGUCGUCAAUGGUAAUGGAAACGGAUAUGCUAAUGGCAAUGGUUAUGCUAAUGGCAACGGUAAUGGCAAUGGAUACGCCAAUGGUGCAGUAAAUGGAAAUGGACUCAUCAAUGGUAAUGGCAACGGUUAUGCUAAUGGAAACGGCAAUGGCAAUGGAUAUGCCAACGGUGCAGUAAAUGGAAAUGGUCUCAUCAACGGCAAUGGCAACGGUUAUGCAAAUGGCAACGGUAAUGGAAUUAAUGGCAACGUAAAUGGAAAUGGUCUUAUCAACGGUAAUGGUAAUGGUCUUAUCAACGGCAACGGUAAUGGAUACACUAACGGUAACGGAAUCAACGGAAAUGGAAACGGAUACACCAACGGUAAUGGAAACGGUAACGGAUACGCCAAUGGCAACGGUAAUGGUAUUAUCAAUGGGAACGGUAAUGGACUUUUCAAUGGCAACGGUAAUGGUCUCAUCAACGGCAACGGUAAUGGAUACACCAACGGCAACGGAGUCAACGGGAACGGGUUGAGCAUACCGGCGCCAGCCUCUCCCUCCGGCCUGUACCAGACGCCCGCCUUCUAAGUGUUGCCUCCCACAUCUGUCUCAACUCUUACAAACUUUUUGUUAUCAUACACCGAAGCUGCAGUUAGAGGACAUUUGUCUGUGUCUUUCACUACUUCCAGGAAUUAAUAUAUGUGAGAGAUGUCAGCUUUACCUUCCUUAAGAGGCAGUUAAAACGACUAAGCUAACCAGCUGAGCCUGACAUGGCAGGGUCAGGACCAUAGUAUGCUGUACCUAGUAACUAUGUACUGUACAUGCUUGCUCUAGUUCUCACUCUUUUAUCUGCAACUUAAUAAACUUAUGUACUUAUAUAAAGUUAUAAUACAUCUACAACUUAUGUUGCACCUGUGGACAUGAGCGUCUUUUUCUAAAUUAUUAAUUGCGGUGUUCUAAAAAAUAAUCCAGGAAAUCUUGUAUAAAUCUUUGUGAUUCAGUUAACAGUAUUUUUUCUGUAUAAUAAAUAACUCGGUCGUGGUUUCAAGUUAAUUAAAUUACUUCAUUAUCUGCUGUAUGUUCUAAAGUAUUGUUAUAUUGAGGUGUGGUCAGGGAGCUUAAAAUGUUUUCCAAAAAUUAACGUGUUACUUGUUAAGAGUUCAACUAAAUCUUUACUCGAGAUUAAUCAAUAUUUUGUUUAUUAUAUAUAAUUACAAAGUGUAGUUGACAACCUUUAUUUGUUGCUUCAAGAUGCUUAUUAUAUUUUCUUAUGACAAAUAUAAUCUAAAAAAAUAAUAAAUAAUAUUAUUA